AUGCUGGUCGAGGAGUAUUACAAAGGCUCCAACGAUCAAGUGUUGCCCAGCGUCUGCUUAGAUGAGAAUCUACUAAAAUGGAUAGGAGCAAAGGAAAAAGCUACUGAAGUCGUACACAUACGCACUCGUUCUAAAAUGUCGCACCUGUCUAUAUUAAGUCGUGGCACUGGGCAAGUGGUCCGAAAGAAAGAGGAGAAGCUGGAGGUGUAUUUCAAUCCAGAGGAUUAUUUGAACUGGCAGUGCCUCGGAACCGGUUUCCACGACUAUCAUGACCUGGAGGGAGACUGUGGACUGUGUCUUCCUAAAACCUACAGCACGAGAACAGGAGCGUUACUUCUCUAUUCAGAAGAUCUAGCCAAACCAUCAAGGAAGCUGAAAGGAAUAAGGAAGACGUGGCGAAGACUUAGAAGCAAAAGCCAGAAAAUACACAUAGAGCUUCACACCCUCCAAGAUCUGGUGCGAGCCAUCUUGGCAUAUGGACGCAAACAGGAUAAGAACAGAGUCGCUUGGCAGCCGUACCUUCACUUUCUAACUGAACCAGACAUCCGGACUGACAGACAAAUGAGACCAGGUUAUUCACCCAAGAGAUACCUCCUCAAACUCUCUCAGACCUGGGACCCGAGCAUUUUGCGAAAGCUUCAGUGUGCAGGCUAUAUCAGGGACCCCCUGUUGCUCGAGGAAGACACACCAGAUCACAGAAAGAAUCAGGAUCUGUCAGCUGUUCCGCCGAAAUAUAAUCUUCUGCAUAUUUUCUGUUCGCCGUACCAAUACUUACAGGCUGAAUUCGAAGAACAACAGGCUAAGCCAGGCCUUGCUUCCUCAUCUCAGAAACAAUAUGAGGAAAAAGCCAGGCUGGGGGAAAGCUAUGAAGAAGGAAAACAUGCCAGAAUAAGAGCUCGCAUUCCUUUAAGGAUUUCAGUAAGAAAACUGAGUUUCCACCUUCCACGGCAGCGGGCAAAGGAGUCGACCUGGAGCCAGCACACAGCAUAUAGCAGGAUUCCAGAGGACAAAUGGGUGGAAGUUCACCGAGAUGGGGAGGUCCAAGACCACAGUGAAGAAGUGGCAAACCAACCCAGAGAUCAUCAAGCAACGGGGGAAACCAGCAUUGAUACUUCUGAGCUUUGGUGUGAGAAAUCCCACGUGACUUUCUAUGGAGGGUUCUUCCCUGGAAAAAAGAUCCCGUACAGUGUUAACCGAAAGUAUCUGAAGGGCAAACAUGAGAGAGAUAAAGGAAACCCUGUGACUACGGACUUGUUCUCUCCUAUUCAGCCAGGAACAAGGCCAGAGGAAAGUGAAGUCAUGGAAGAACAUAGGAAGAAGGUGCCAGAGAUUUGCAGGUUACCUCAGAUAUCUGAAGACUUGCCCAGUGCUUAUAGGGGAAAACUUAAAUCUGGAAAGCUUCCCAAAGAACCUGUGGCCUGCCCACUGCUUGUUCAGCUGGAAAGGGAGCCCGAGGCAAAAAACCUGAGAGGAACUAGUUGUAAUGAACCCAGACUUGAGGUCGAUGUCUGUGAGGAGCAUCUGGCUCCUUUGCCGAAUGAUCUCAUUUUAAAGCCAGAACAUAAAAAUCAGCAGCAGGAGAGGAUGAUGAUCAAUAGUGAGAUCCCGGAGGCUUCCCAAGGUAGUUUCCACCUACCUCCAAUAAAUAAUAGAGAGUUUCUGCUCAACGGAAGGAAAAUGAGAAAGAAAGAAGAGCAUUCUGAAAAGAACAGCCAAUAUCAAAGAGAACAUCAGAAUGACACCUCACUCCACCAUGUCCCCCCUGAUACAGAAAUCCCGUAUCCAUCACCCUUGGGAUCCGUCCAAACUACUGACGAUUCCAGGCACUCUGGAUUCAUUCCAGACAAAGAAGGGGAUGGCGAAUUAUUCCUUAAAACGAGGGCAGCUGUUUCCAUAAGGUCACCGGAGACCCCGCCUGCGGCUGAAGAACUGCGUGGGAAGGAACCCCUGAAAAGGCAACAAGCAGGGGAGCUGCGAGGGAACCAGCACAGCACAGGAAAUGAGCAAAGCACCAUGGGGGAUGAGAGAGCUCUGGCUGAAUCCAGAAAGGGGGACCAGAAAAGUCAAAAUGGCCUCUGCGGGAACAGACAUCUCGUGCAGCGUAAGGAGAAGGGACUCUCCAGCUUGCCACCAACAGACAGCAGAAAGGAGAAGGAUGUUGGCCACUUCUUACAAGAUACAGAAAAACAACUGGACAAUUUGCCCCAGUCAGCUAGCCCCUCACACCUGGAACCACACGUUGCCCACCCCAGGAUUUCUACAUCAGAUAGGGAGAAGGUCUCUGAAUUGGACAGCACCAACAUGGAGAUUCUUGACCGCAGUGCCGAAAUUGAGAAGGGCGCAAGAAUGAGCACCCAUUCAUCUGAAAAGCAUCAGGUAGAAGAAGAAGAUAAAGAAGAAGAAGAAGCAAAAUCAUUGCCAGAGAAAACCAGAAAGCCAACUAAGGCCACUGGUCCCAAGGUGGCUGCAGGUGUUGUUGAGGACAAAGCGAAGACAGGGAAGAAGAAACCUGAAUCGGUGAGAACUGGAACUGUAUUGAAAGUGCAGAAGAAGGCGCUCAAGAAAGAGAAACGGACAGAUUUUGUUGUAGGGAAACCAAAACAGAAGAAGGCUGUUGGGAAAACAGUUCCUUCUUCCAAAGAGAAGUCGGCAGCUGUCAAAAGAUCAGAGGCUGCCGAGGACCCAAACCAUGAUGAAGAAAAAGGGGGGGUGUCUGUUGAAAUGGAGCAGAUCAGUUCUCUUGAAGAAGGAGAAGGAGGAGACGAAGAGGAAAAGGGAGGCUUUUCGGAUCAAAGCCCUCCUCCUUCCAGCCCUCUCAGGGAAGAACCCCUCUUGCCACUUGAAGAUGGCGAAGAACCUUCUGCGGAAGAUGUUCUCCAUCCUUCUGGACCUCAUGCCGUUCCUGCUGAGGAGACGGCUGCUGUUGCCUGCCCAGUAGUUGCCCCUGAAGUUGGCUCCCAGCCUGACACAGCUCUGAGCAAUGACCCUCCAGAGCCACUGGACCUGCCUCGGAACAAGCAGGAGGAGAAACUCUCACGAGAGCAAAUGAUAGCCGAGAGGGCCGAGAAGAGGCGUCUUGCGGUGGAGAGAAAACGGAGGGAGCAGGAGGAGCGGAAGCGGAAAGAGCAGGAAGAGCAGGAGCGCGUAGAGAGGAUGAAAGAGGAAAUGGAACAGGAGCAGCAGAAGAGGAUGGCAGAGAUGCGUCUAAGGAAACAGCAGCUGGAAGAAGAGCGCCGGUGGCAGGAAGAGGAAGCAGCAAGACAGCGGCAAGCUGAGAAGGCAGCCCAGGAACGUGCACGGCACCAGCAGGAGGAGCUCCGCAGGAAACUCCUGGAAAUGCAGAAGAAAAAGCAGGAGGAGGAGCGAGAACGCGCAGAAGCGGAGAAGCGGAGGCAGAAAGAAAGGGAAAUGCAGCUGGAAGAGGAACGGCGGCUCUUAGCCGAGAUGGCAGAAGAGCAGCGCUUGGAGUACGAGAGAAGGAAGCAGGAAGAAGAGGAGCGCAUGAGGCGUGAGGCUGAGGAGAGGAGGAGAAGGGAAGAGGAAGAGGCUAGACUUGCAUUAGAGGAAGCAAAGAGACAAGCCUUAUUACUAGCAAGACAACGGGCGGACUUAGAGCAGGAGAAGGAAUUCCAUUAUAAGCUGCUUGUGGAAGCUGGGGGGCUAGAACGACGGCAAGCGAUUUCACGCCCAUGGGUUUAUUCCUAUUUCCAGCAUCCUUUCUUAAAUAUGGGAGAUGAGAAUUAAAGAGCGAUAACUUUUUCCAAGAACAACUCGCAGCCACGUAGCUGUGUUGUUCUCGCCUUACUCCAAAAUGUCAGCAUCCCGUUAUUCACUUGUAUUUAAUUCAAUAGAGGUUGUUAAUCCACAUGAUGAGAGCUGUUGCAUUCUGACUA